CAACAGUUUCUCUAAAACCAUUCCUCUACAAAUAGAUGCCAAAGAACACAUAAGUGAACUCACUCCUCAUUCAAAAUAAGUAGAUCGAAGGGACAAAAAAUGGCUGCCGUGACAAAAACCGAGGCUUCUAGUUUGGUUGGGAAGCUUGAGGCGGACGUGGAGAUCAAAGCUUCGGCUGGAAAGUUCCAUCACAUGUUCGUUGAGAAACCACACCAUGUCUCCCAAGCAUCUCCGGGACACAUUCAAAACUGUGAACUACAUGAAGGCGAAUGGGGAAAAGUUGGCACUGUCGUCAUCUGGAACUACGUUCAUGAUGGGGUGGCAAAGGUUGCGAAGGAGAGGAUCGAGGCGUUGGAGCCGGAGAAGAACUUGAUCACGUUCAGGGUCAUUGAAGGUGAUCUGAUGAAAGAGUACAAAAGCUUUGUGAUAACGGUUCAGGGGACUCCUAAGCAAGGAGGGCCAGGAUGUAUUGUGCACUGGCACCUUGAGUAUGAGAAAAUUAGCGAGGAGGUUGCUCACCCUGAGACUCUUCUCCAAUUCUGUGUCGAUAUGUCCAAAGGAAUCGAUGAAUAUCUCUCGACCGACUCAGUGGAGGUUGCUCCUCGUGUGGCUUUGUAAAGUGUGUAGUACGUGAACCGUGAACCGUGAACCGAGUUUGAGUAAGAGGUAUACGUCGCUGUGUGUCAUGUGUGUUUGUAUGCAAUAAAUAAUGAGCUGUGCUUUUAUAUCUGUACGUGGAAGCCCCUCUACUAAGUAUGUGUAUAAUGUUUGUCAUUUGGUAAAACUAAAAAGAAUGUGAUGUAUGAUAGGAUUUUAAUCCAUGUCUUUCUACGUACCUUCAUCCAUCUAAUAACAUUUUUCGUAUGGAGAUUUAA